AUGACAACGGCAGAUGUGAAUAGGGCCUCUGAGCUCCUUAUACCCACCAUCCUGACCAGCGUUGUGGCCUUCAUCUUGACCGCGCUCCGGAUCUAUGUGCGCCUGCGGAUUAUCAAGAUGCUGGACUGGGAUGACUUUUUCAACGUGCUAGCCAUGGCCACCACGUUCGUGACGAUGGGCUUGGUCAUCGGCGGCACAUCCAAUGGAGUCGGUCGACAUAUUCAGUUCUUGGAGAAUAAGAUCGCCGACGCAACGUAUGGCAUCAUGCUCAUGCGGAUUGCCGAGUUUAUGUUGAUUAUAUCAACAGUGUUUGUGAAGAUCUCGAUUAAUUUGUUCCUGAAACGACUAUUUCCCACGAGCAGACGAUGGAAGGCUUUCUUCUGGGCCUUCAUCGUAUUCAACACUGUCACAAGCUUUGUCGACGCCGCCGCCAUCUUCCCACAAUGUACCCCCGUUGAAUACAACUGGAACAAAUCAAUUGACGGGCAUUGCUGGUCGGACACGGCAAUCGACGCGCUUGGAAUAGCCCAAGGAUCCAUUGCCGCCGCGACCGACUUCAUUCUUUCGGCUCUGCCCAUCAUGUUCCUCUGGAAUGUCAAGAUUAUCUUGAGAAUCAAAAUCGGCGUGUGCGCCAUCAUGGCGCUGGGAUUCGCGAGUGGAGGUUUUGCCCUUGCGCGUACUCUUUUAGUUCCUAGCCUAACUUCUACCACGGAUCCAACCUGGGAUCUUAUUCCGCUCUUCAAGUGGGCAGAGCUCGAAGCAACAUUCGGCGUCAUCGCAGCUGCAGCACCCUCUGUUCGUCCCUUACUUGGUCAUAACGCUGUUACAACGUACUACUCGAAAUCAGAUCCGCGAUCACGCUCCAUUCCUCUCAAUAACAUGUCCCGUUCCGGUCAGAGGUCCCACCAUUCCUGGCUCACUACAUCACAACACCGCCAGAUGCAGGAGUUGCCUGACGAACUCGGAUCAGACGGCGACAGUCAUAAGAGGCUGUGGGCGAGCAAAGGCCAUGGAAUCAUCAAGACGACUGACGUCCAGGUCUCCCACUCAGAUCGCGAGGGCCCAACAAACCGAUCCAGUGAUGAAAUGCUGGUAUCGGACGUAGCAUACCAAAACAUCAAUCUGUAG